AUUUAUAUUUCGACGAUGUGGAAACUUUAAGACAGAUUUAAAUCUCAACUCAAUGCAAACGGACGUUAAGGAAGAAAUAAUAAUUUAAACAAAAAUAAAAUAUAUUUAGAAAAAAAUAUUUAAAUAAGUGGAAAUAAUACUUAUUGUAAAAAAAAUAAAAAUAAACAAAAAAAAGGAUAUUAAUUUCUGUGAUAAAUUUUUUUUAAAUCAAAAAAGUGUUUAAAAUAAAAAUGUGGAAGUUUGUAUUGUGUUUAGCUGUCUUCCAAGUGAUACUUGCUCAACAAAAUAAAGAUAUACCUGAAUACGUUAAACAAUGUAGACGAGAUGAUCCUGAGCUAUUGAAAUGUUUUAUGGGUUCUUUGGAACACUUGAAACCUUAUUUGGCACGCGGUAUACCUGAGAUUGAGUUACCUUCAGUAGAACCUUUCAAAAUGAACACAUUGGCACUGCAGUUGACCGAUGGACCACAAGGUUAUAAAAUCACAUUGAAGAAUAUGGAAGUGUUUGGUGCCAGUAAUUUCCAAGUUAAAUCCAUGAAACUCAGUGAGAACGGUGAACCUUUCGAGGCCAAAAUUCUAUUGCCAAAAUUGAAAAUUGAAGCCAAAUAUACCAGUUCUGGUGUUUUGUUGAUCAUACCCGCCUCCGGUGGUGGUGAUUUCCAUGCUGUAUUUGAGGGUUGUGUGGCAGAUUUGACUGGUAAAGUGUCGACAAAUGAAAAGAACGGUGCCACCUAUUUGCAUGUUGAUUCUCUCAGCAUUGUCAUCAAUGUGGACAAAGUCAAUAUGAUGAUUUCAAAUGCUUUCAAUAAUAAUCGCAUUUUACUUGAAGCCACCAACUUGUUUUUGCGUGACAACGGUCGCAUUGUUUUAGAAGCUAUGCAGUCUCAAUUGCAAAAGAAAUUGGCCAUGGAAUUCGGCAAAUUGGCCAAUCAAUUGUUGAAAAAUGUUCCUAGAGAUUGGUUUUAUGUUUAAAUUUAGCCCUAAGUCUUAUUUGUGUUUGGUAACUCCUGUUGUAAAUAGUAAUUGUUAUUUGAUCAAAAACAAAAUAUUUAUACGAUUUUA